AUGGCCAUCCAAAUCCUAUCUGACCUCCAUUUGGAGACGCCCACAGCCUACGAUCUAUUCGACAUCCCUCCCAAGGCACCUUAUCUUGCCCUCCUUGGAGAUAUUGGCAACGUCAAGGACGAUGGCCUCUUCGCCUUCCUCGAAGCACAACUGCGCAAAUUCCAGAUCGUCUUUUUCCUACUGGGCAACCACGAACCGCAUCACUCCAACUGGCCGACCGUACGGACCAAAGUGAAAGGAUUCUCAGACGCGGUCAGAAAGCGAAAGCAAUUCGCACAUCUCGGAGAAUUUGUCUUCCUAGACCAGACGCGGUACCAUCUCUCACCCGACAUCACCGUCCUCGGCUGCACACUCUAUUCCAGAGUCACCAAAGCCCAAGAGCAACGAGUGAGCUUUGGACUCAACGACUUCUACCAAAUCGAAGACUGGACCGUUGAGGACCACUCUGCUUCCCAUCAAGCGGACCUAGCAUGGCUCAACGACCAGGUCUCUGAGAUUGUCCGAACAGAUCCCCGCCGCAAGAUUGUGGUCUUCACCCAUCAUAGCCCGAUUGCUCGCGAUCCCCGUGCGGCUGAUCCUGCCCAUAAGAAUAGUCCCAUAUCCUCUGCUUUUGCGACUGAUCUGACCGACGAGGAGUGUUGGAAGGCUGAGCAGGUAUGUGCCUGGGCGUUUGGCCACACGCACUAUAACUGUGAUUUUGUGGAGGAGCGAACAGGGACGAGGGUGGUUGCGAAUCAGCGGGGGUAUUAUUUUUCGCAGGCGAAGGAGUUCGACCUGGAGAAGGUGAUUAGCAUGUGA